AUGCGUCUGCGUUUCGUGUCUGGGGAUCUCGGGCGUGUGUCCCAGGUAGACGCAGUCGAGCCUGUCGAGGUAGCUGUUGACUCUGGUGCUGCUAGAGGUUCUGAGCCUGCGGGUGCCGGGUCUGGAGGUACUGAGCCUGGGGGUGCUGAGCCUGGGGGUGCUGAGCCUGGGGGUGCUGAGUUUAGGGGUGCUGAGCCUGGGGGUGCUGAGUCUGGGGGUGCUGAGUCAGGGGGUGCUGAGCCUGGGGGUGCUGAGUCUGGAGGUGCUGAGCCAAGGGGUGCGGAGCCUGGGGGUGCUCAGUCUGCUCGUGUGGCCUCUCGCGGUGCUUCGUCGAGGCGGGAGCCACUCUCUCCGAAGGAGCUGUGCGAGUGGUUUGCCCUGCGCUGGAGCCGUACUACUGGAGCUGGAGUUUCUACUAUUGCCGCUGAACCUAGAGGUGCUCGUACUGGUGGUGCUGGAGCUGCUGGAGCUGGAGCUGCUAGGGGUGUUGGCGCUUGUGGUGCUACUGGCGCUGGUGCUUUUGAGGGUGCUGGAGUUGGCGCUGUUGGAGCUGGAGGUACUGCUGGUGCUGGUGCUGCCGCUGGGGUUACUGGUCCUGUCCCUGCUGGUUCUGGAGGCGCUGCGCGGCCGAGGCUGUACUUCGUUCCCCUUCUUGAGCAGCUACAGCCUGCCUCCCCCCUGCCUGCUCCCUCUCCCUAUGCUGGUCCUACUAGAGGUUUUGCUGAGCGACGUGAGCCUGCGUCUCGUCCUGCGUUGCCUGUUCGUGCUGCUUGCACCGGUCGUCGUGCUCCGCGUCUGCGUCUUCCUACAGUCCCAGGCACACACCAGGUGGCACUGCGUCCUUCCACUGCUCCUCUGCGUGUCCCGUUGCCGUCUCCUCUAGAGUCCUCUCUUCUUGCUCUUGCUGACCCGGAGUCUGACUCUCUUCGUGCUGCCAGUCCUACUGUCACGCGUCUCCUGACUACUGUUGUCACUGACCCUUCCUUUGAGUCCACUGCUGCGUCUACCCUAGUUGCUGAGCUUGUCAACUUUGCUGCUCCCUGUCGUCUAGACUACGCUACUAGUCUUGUUGCUGAGUCUGUCUGUCCUCCGUCCGUCGAGGGUGAGUGUGCUCUUAGCACGAACGUCCUUGAGGACAGGCAGGAGGAGUUCCAGUGUUUUGCUGCUGCUUUGCCUUAUCUCGUGUCCACGCUGAUUGCCCCUGAGGGAGACCCGGAUGCACUAGACAUCCCGACUCCUCGAUUGUACGCUGAGGCGAUCGAGGGUCCCUACUCCUCACAGUGGCAGUCAGCCAUGGACGCAGAGAUGGCUUCCUGGAAGUCCACAGGCACCUACGUCGACGAGGUUCCCCCACCUGGGGUGAACAUCGUCAGUGGCAUGUGGAUUUUCAGGGCGCCCCGUGAGUGGCACGACACACUGAGGACUACACUUGCGGCUCUUGGGUUUGCUCGUUCUACUGCCGACCCGUCGCUGUUUCUGCGCACCGACACCUCUUUGCCGCCGUUCUACAUCCUCGUGUACGUCGACGACUUGGUCUUUGCCACUGCUGACACUGCUGGACUCGCCCACGUGAAGUCCGAGCUACAGAAGCAACACACGUGCACAGACCUGGGUGAACUGCGCAGCUACCUUGGCUUGCAGAUCACCCGGGACAGAGCACAGCGCACCAUUACCCUGACUCAGUCACACAUGGUGCAGCAGGUCCUUCAGCGCUUUGACUUCACGUACUCCUCGCCUCAGGCCACUCCUCUGUCUACUCGCCACUCGCUCUCAGCUCUGCCUUCGGAUGAGUCCGUAGAGCCGAGUGGCCCGUACCCAGAGCUUGUUGGCUCCCUCAUGUCCCUGAUGACCUGCACACGACCUGACCUUGCAUACCCUCUUAGCAUCUUGGCACGCUAUGUUGCUCCUGGGAGACACCGACCAGAGCACAUGGCUGCAGCGAAGAGGGUGUUGCGCUACGUGUGCAGUACGUCGAGCAUGGGGCUAGUGCUUGGAGGGCGGAGUCCAGUGGUCCUCACAGGUCACGCAGACGCUUCUUAG